CCGAAAAUUCGAUACCCUAUUUAUGACCGUUGCGGCUGGCAGAGUUGCCCUAAACAAGUUAUGAAGAGCUUUUUCUGACGGUCUUAUUGAUAAUGAUGAAAAAGUAGCUUCUUCCAAGAAACAUCCCCAAUUCAAAACUAGAGCGCUAAAACCAUAGCCUAUUCAAGACCAAAAUUGCCAAAAUCGAUACCCUAUUUAUGACCAAAACGACUGAAAAACCCUACCCUUUGGGGCCGCACAUACCCAUAUAGCCCAUAUAAGGGAGUACCCCGGGCCAAGCCUACAGGUAACCAAAACCUAAGAAAAAAAAAACGUUAUUGCUUAGUAAGUAGAGCUCUGUGAAGUAGUUACGUGACAGAACUUUGCUUUUAUUUCAGAACCUCGCCGAUACAUCACUAAAACUCACUGCUGCUUAUAUGACGUCCCAUAUCUCUCUGAGAUUCCUGUCUGUCGUGAUUUUCCUCCACUUUGUGUCCCGGAUCCCACAAAGUGACGCUACCGGCCAAUGCAAGUCGCAAGUGUCAAUUUUCAGGAAAGCUCUUAGAGGUCACAUGAUUGACAAGUUCCAUGUGAACAGGCCGGAUGUUUGCAUCAAAAGAUGCCAGAUUGAGCGAAGAUGUCAAAGCAUCAACUACGUGAUGGAAGAAAAUAUCUGCGAGCUUAAUAACCGAAGCAAGGAAGUAAGACCUGAAGAUUAUGUGACAGACCCAGGAAGGAUUUACAUGACCGUUCCAUUUAAUAAAGUACCUCUCGGGUCCACCCCUGAGGUACCAGCUAUGUCGUGUUUGGAAAUCAAGGCGAGUGAAGGAGAAGAAGCAGUCAACGGUUAUUACUGGUUGGACCGUCAUAACACUGGUAAAGCCAUUCAGACAUAUUGCCAUAUUGAGAAAGACUCCCUUUUUCACUGGACGCUCAGUAGCACGGAUAACCUGUUAAAGUAAGAAUGUUGUUUUCAUU